UUAAAAUUGAAGUUUCAUUUCAUCAGUUUUUGGCCAAAUGUAUGAAAAAUAACCAAACGCAUCAUUAAAUAAGUAACAAUGGGUCGAGAAGAUGAAAGGAGGAAAUCAAAAGACAAAAGAAGAGGGAGCAAUGCAAAGAAUGCCACAAAUUUCUUCCCAGGCGACUACAUCUGGGUGGAGCCCACUUCUGGAAGUGAGUUCGAUGUUGCCAUCGGAGCCAAAGUUUUGAGCAUCGACGGUCGACGAGUGACAGUCCAGGAUGACGCUAGGAAGUCGAUUGUGCUGCCGCCGGAGCGUCGCAUCAAGGCGAUGCACCCGACGUCUGUUCAAGGGGUCGAGGACAUGAUCAGCCUGGGCGACCUGCACGAGGCUGGCAUCUUGCGUAACUUGCUCAUCAGAUACAACGAAAACCUCAUAUAUACCUACACGGGGUCCAUCUUGGUUGCAGUCAACCCUUAUCAGAAUCUACCCAUCUAUACAGCCGAUCAGAUCAGGCUUUACAAAGGGAAGAAAUUUGGCGAGCUUCCUCCUCACAUCUUUGCCAUUGGCGACAAUUGUUACUCGAACAUGAACACUUUUCACCGUGACCAGUGCAUCGUCAUCAGUGGUGAAUCCGGAGCUGGAAAAACGGAAAACACGAAACUCAUCUUGCAGUACUUGACAGCCAUCUCAGCUCGACACUCGUGGAUAGAACAACAGGUUUUGGAGGCAAAUCCUAUCCUUGAAGCGUUCGGCAACGCCAAGACUCUACGAAACGACAAUUCGUCUCGCUUCGGCAAGUACAUCGACAUUCACUUCUCGGGUGAGGGCGUCAUCGAGGGAGCCAGGAUCGAGCAAUACCUGCUGGAGAAGUCGAGACUUGUGUCGCAGAGCAAAGGAGAGAGAAACUACCAUAUCUUCUACUGCAUGCUUGCCGGUCUACCGAAAGAUGAACUGUUGCAGCUCAAACUGAAGUCAGCUUCUAAUUACAAGUAUCUCACCGAAGGCGAAACGAUCACGUGUGAAGGUAGAAACGAUGUCAGGGAAUUCGCUGACAUCAGGUCAGCAAUGAAGGUUCUCAUGUUCAGCGACGCUGAAGUCUACGAAAUGUUCAAGCUGCUUGCUGCUAUCCUUCACAUGGGCAACUUAAAGUUUAAACCAAAAAGUGUUGCGAACAUGGAUGGCUCUGAGAUCACCGACGCGGCGGGGCUGGCGUGGGUGGCUGAGCUGCUGGGAGUGGAGGCGCGGCACCUCAAAGCGGGACUCACGUCGCGCUCCAUCACCGCGCAGGGCGAGACUGUCGUGUCGCCUCUGAGCCUCGACAACGCUGUUGCAACUCGAGACGCGUUCGUGAAAGGCAUCUACGGCAACCUCUUCGUCUGGAUUGUUGCCAAAAUCAACUCGGCCAUCUACAACCCAUCCAUGAAGAAGAGCAGUUCCAUCGGCGUCCUCGAUAUCUUUGGAUUUGAGAACUUUCAAACCAAUAGUUUUGAACAGUUCUGCAUCAACUACGCAAACGAGAACUUGCAGCAGUUCUUCGUGCAGCACAUCUUCAAGCUGGAGCAGGAGGAGUACAACGCAGAGAACAUCAACUGGCAGCACAUCGAGUUUGUCGACAACCAAGACACUCUCGACAUGAUCGCCAUUAGGCCAAUGAACAUCAUGGCCCUUGUGGAUGAAGAAUCCAAGUUCCCCAAAGGCACAGACAGCACGAUGGUCCAGAAACUCUAUUCGCAACAUCAAAGCCACCCGCACUUCGUCCAGAUGAGGAGCCAGGCUCAGCUUUCCUUCGGGAUACGCCACUUUGCCGGCACAGUUUACUACAGUGCCAAAGGCUUCUUGGACAAGAAUCGCGAUACGUUCAGUGUCGACCUGUUGAACCUUGUCAUUGGACCGCUCAUCAAAAACCAAUUUCUGAAAAACCUCUUCGACAAAGAUGAGUUAACGGGGGGAAGUACGACGAAAAAACAAGCUCGCACGCUCUCCUCGCAGUUCAAGCGCUCACUCGACUCCCUCAUGGGCACACUCGGCAGUUGUCAGCCCUAUUUCGUCAGGACCGUCAAGCCCAACGAGACUAAGAGCCCCAAUUUGUUCGACCGCGAGCUGUGCUGCCGCCAGCUGCGUUACUCCGGCAUGAUGGAGACCAUCAGGAUCCGCAGGGCGGGCUACCCCAUCCGCCACACCUUCAGGGAGUUCGUCGAGCGCUACAGGUUCCUCAUCCACGGAUGCCCUCCCGCACAUAAGGGCGAUAACUCAGCAUCUGCCAAGCGCAUCUGCAAGGAGGUUCUGAAAGGCACGGACUACCAGAUCGGGCACAGCAAAGUCUUCCUGAAGGAUGCGCAGGACGUGUUUCUGGAGCGCGAACGUGACCGCGUGCUCUCCCUGAAGAUCACCAUCCUGCAGCGCUGCAUGCGCGGCUGGUACUACAGGAAGAGAUUCUUGUUGAUUCAACAAAACGCGCGUUUCCUGGUUGUCUGGUGGCGUUAUCAGCUGAUGAAGCGCGGCUUCGCACGUCUUCAAGCCGCCAUCAAAGCAAGGCGUGCCAACCACAAGUUCACCAACCUCAGGAAUACCAUUACCGGCCUGCAGGCUCGGUGCCGAGGUUUGCUGGCGCGUCGACGCUUCCAGCAGCGGCUGCAGGCCAAGCGUCUCCGUGACAAGGAGGAAGCUGAACUCCGGCGGCGAGGGGACAAGCAACAGGCCAAGGAAAUUGCCGACCUCAACUACCAGAAACGACUCAUGGAGCUGGACGAAACGACGGAGAUGAUCUCGCCGGUGCACGACGACGAGGACGACGAGAACGUCAACGACCCGCAGCUCGUGGACGAAAUGUUCGGCUUCUUGCAGGGCGGCACCGUGCGCAGGAGGGGAUCGAUGGCUCCAAUUGGCCUGGAAGAGGCCUUCCCGUCAUCAGGGAUGCAGGAGGACGUGUCGGAAUACACGUUCCAGAAGUACGCUUCUACUUACUUCCAAGGCAACGUCACUCAUCAGUACACGAGGCGACAACUCAAGCAGCCUCUACUGAACCUGCAGAACGACGCGGACAGAGUGGCGGCAUUGGCCCUGUGGGUAACGAUCCUGCGCUUCAUGGGCGACAUGGCGGAGCCGAAGUACAGCAGCGUCCACAAGGACAACACGCCCGUCAUGGCCAUCAUCAGCGGAACCCUGGGCAGAAAUUUCGCAAAAUCAAAACAAUUCAAAGAUGCUCAGGCAGCACUGGAAUCUGGUUCUGCUGACAUGACUAGCAAACAACGCAAGCUCAUCUCUAUGACCCUGAAGCGUAAAGGGAAGAUCACCGAAGAGUUGAUUCAACAACUGAAGGGCGGGGACGCGGCUGCUGACACUUAUCAACAGUGGCUUGAAUCGCGGCCUACUUCUAACAUGGAGAAACUGCACUUUAUUAUCGGCCAUGGCAUAUUAAGAGAAGAGCUCAGAGACGAAAUCUACUGCCAAAUAUGCAAGCAGCUGUCGAACAACCCUGGCAAAUCCUCGCACGCUCGUGGUUGGAUUCUAUUAUCUCUCUGCGUGGGCUGCUUUGCGCCUUCAGAGGAAUUCGUCAACUACCUUUACAACUUCAUCGACCGAGGCCCCCAGGGCUACGCUCCCUACUGCUACAAGCGACUCAGGAGAACUUUUGCCAAUGGAUCCCGGACUCAACCUCCCAGCUGGCUCGAACUCCAGGCCACAAAGACGAAGAGUACCAUAUCGAUCCCGAUCACGUUUAUGGACGGCACCACGAAGACGCUCCACGCUGACUCAGCGUCGACAGCUCGGGAGUUGUGUAACCAGCUCACCGAUAAGGUGUCGCUCCGAGACCAAUUUGGCUUCUCACUCUACAUCGCUCUCUUCGACAAGGUGUCGUCACUUGGAAGUGAGGGUGAGCACGUGAUGGACGCCAUCAGCCAGUGCGAGCAGUACGCCAAGGAGCAAGGAGCUCAGGAGAGGAACGCUCCUUGGCGGCUCUUCUUCAGGAAGGAAAUCUUCGCGCCUUGGCACGACCCUACCGAGGAUCACGUCGCCACCAACCUCAUAUAUCAACAGAUCGUUCGGGGAGUCAAGUUCGGAGAGUAUCAAUGUGACAAGGAAGAAGACUUAGCGAUGCUUGCAGCGCAGCAAUUCUACAUCGAGUUCGGCGCUGAGAUGCACGAAGAGAGACUGCGCAGCAACAUUGCGAGCUACAUUCCUGACGCAUACGUCUCCAGCAGUGACGGCAAUCUUGACAAGUGGACGAAGCUAGUGUCCAGCGCCUACAAGAAAAGCUACUACGUCAAGGAGCGAGUUGAGUACCUCAGGCUGAAGGAGGAUGUCGUAUCUUUCGCCAAGUUCAAGUGGCCGCUGCUCUUCUCGCGCUUCUACGAGGGCGUCAGGAUCGCUGGGCCGCCGUUGGAGAAGAAUGAAGUCAUCAUCGCCAUCACGUGGACAGGAAUUUAUUUCGUCGAUGACCAAGAAAAUAUACUUCGCGAGCUGACGUAUCCAGAAAUUAUUACAGCGACGUUCAACAAAGUUCCUGGUCAAGGCUUGUACGGUCAAACGGUCACGAUCGCGACGGUGCGGGGUGAAAACUUCAAAUUCCGUUCAGUCAACAGCCAGGACAUUCACACCCUCAUCCUCUUCUUCAUCGAGGGGCUGAAGAAACGAUCGAAGUUUGUAGUGGCACUGCAGGACUACAGGUCUCCUGGCGACAGCUCGCUGCUCUCUUUCAAGCGAGGCGAUCUCAUUCAACUUCAGGAAGACUGCGUGGGGGAAACUGCCUUGAAUAUGGGCUGGUGUAUCGGACGCUGUGACAGAACCAACGAGUCUGGAAACUUCCCCGCUGAAACUAUCGUCGUCGUGCCUACAAUGACCAAGCCUGACCGCGAACUUGUCGAGCUGUACGCCACAGAGGAGGCAGAAAGAGCUCGCAGAAUGUUGGAGUCCGAGGAGAACAAUGCAGAACCUGCUGAGAAGAUGCACACUCUUGAACGAUAUGCUGCUGAGAACUUCAGAGCUGCGAUGGCAGGCACGGUGUCGCGGCGCAGUCAAAUGACGGCAGCGCGGAAGGGUUCGUCGGUGCUGUGGAAGCACUCCCGCGACCCUCUGCAGCAGCCGCUCCUGCUCAAGGUUCUGGACAGUCAGCAGUUGAGCGACAUGGCGGUGGACAGCUACACAGCAAUUCUGAAGUACACGGGGGAACUGCCUACACGUUCUGCCCCCACCGACACAGAUCUUACCGACAAGGUCUUCAACGGUCCCAUUAAAGAGGAGUUGCUCCGAGAUGAGUGCUACUGUCAGUUGAUGAAGCAGCUCACUGACAACCGCAAUCGGCUGAGUGAAGAGAGAUGCUGGGAGUUGAUGUGGCUUGCUACAGGUCUCUUCACCUGCUCACCAGCCCUAAUGAAGGAGCUGAACCUGUUUCUGAAGACGAGAAAGCACCCCAUCGCCCGAGACGCGAUGGUCAGGCUGCAGAAGACGCUCAAGCACGGCCAGCGCAAGUACCCGCCUCAUCAAGUCGAAGUCGAGGCCAUCCACCACAAGACCACUCAGAUCUUCCAUAAGGUGUACUUCCCCGACGACUCGGACCAAGCCUUCGAAGUGAACUCCGGCACUUCGGCUGCUGACCUCAUCGACUCAAUCGCUCAGCGUUUGAACAUCAAAUCUUCGGAAGGCUUCAGCCUCUUCGUUAUGAUUUCUGACAGGGUUAUCUCGGUACCUGAGGAGGAUUUCUUCUUCGACUUCGUUCGGCUGCUGAAUGAUUGGAUGAGGAAGACAAGACCCAACCGCGACGGCAGCAGAGCGCUGUUCACAUACCGCGUGUUCUUCAUGAGGAAACUUUGGACGAACGUUGUGCCGGGCCAGGACCGUAAUGCAGACCUAAUCUUCCACUACAACCAAGAACUGCCUAAGUACCUGCGAGGUUAUCAUAAGUGUACCAAGGAAAUAGCGGCAAAGCUUGCGAGUAUCAUUUUCAAAGCGCGCUACGGCGACGACAGAGCAGGCCUCUCUCAAGUCGGAUCCGUGCUGCCCUCACUCGUGCCCGAAGAUCUCCUGAAGGCUUACAGCACCAGCGACUGGAAGAAGCAGAUCACCAAGCAUUUCAAUGACACCGCAGGGAUGUCGAAAGAAGAUGUCAAGCUCGAGUUCCUGAAAGUCAUCUUCCAAUGGCCAACAUUUGGCUCGGCCUUCUUCGAGGUGCGCCAGAACAGCGACCCUCAGUACCCCACGAAGCUGCUUGUGGCCAUCAACCGAAACGGCGUACUGCUCAUCAACACUACAACGAAGGUGAUUCUGGAAACUCACCCGUUCACAAGCGUAAGCAACUGGUCGUCUGGCAAUACCUUCUUCCACUUGACCAUAGGCAACCUCACCAACAACACCAAGCUUCUUUGUGAGACUUCCCAGGGUUACAAGAUGGACGACCUCAUGUCAUCUUAUGUGGCCCUUCUUUACACCAACAAUCAACUUAAACGUUAAUGUCAAUCCACACACAACUAAUUGUUCGAGAAUAAUUCAAGUUAUUCGAGCAAUGUUGAAGCUGGAGUAAACCGCUUCAUUAGACAAUCGAUGUUGUGAUUUGUUCGUACAAGAGUCAUUUUUCAUUGACCUGCAGAUUUCGAUCUAACGUUGUGUUUUACCUCAAAUAUAAGUAAGCAAUAUUGAACUCAUUUUUUUAGAAAAUACAUUUCUAGACAGUAAAUUUGUUGAUUGAGUUAUUCAUUUCUAACCGUCCGUUUUCGAAGUUGGAAAUACAAUAACUGAUUCUUUGCUAUCGUUUUCAAAAAUAUCAUUAUCUAUUCGAUUCUUUUCAGGGAAAAUCUAAUUUAAUGUUUAUUGUGUUGAAAUAUUAUUAAUGGGUAGUGCAUCAGUUCAUUUUUUGUCUAUCGAUUGAAAUCACAACAAUCAAAUAGAGGCAAAUACUGCAAAUGUAAGCCUACAACAAUAAACUAAAGUCUGUAGUGUAAAGGAUAAAUAUGUUACAGCACUCGCCGAAGUUCUUGUCUUCUACCUGUAAUCCCGACUUUUUACUUAAAUAAUAGUAAUAUUCAGCUCAAAGAUUACGUAGCAUAGAUUUCACUUUAAAUUUAAACUUUUAGUAUUUGCAUAGCGUGCCUUUUAGAACUAAAAUUAUUUAUGUUUUGUCAUUCGUAAAGUUACUCAUUGGGCCUAGUGUCUUGUUUGUCUUAUAUAUCAUAUAAAGUUGAUUUAAGUAAGUAGUAGAUCAUAUGCGUAUUUUUAUAAGUUCAGUUUAUCAAUCUAAAUUUAGCUCUAUGCUCUGUUCCCGUCGAAGGAGUAUAAACAUGAUCGGGCACAUUUGAAAAAAAAUAUGCGUUUUCCUCUUGCAUAGAACGAUAAGCUAAUACCAUAUUCUAUUGCGUUAAGUUAUUAAAAUUUCUUGCAUUGCUGUUGAUGAUGAUAGGCAUUUUUUGCUGAAUAAACUUAAUA